AUGUCGUCCAAAUCCCAUCUCCCUUACGCAACCCGCGCAACCAAUCAUCCCAACCCCCUCACCGCGAAACUCUUCUCCAUCGCUGAAGCGAAGAAGACCAAUGUCACCGUCUCCGCGGACGUAACCACAACGGCCGAACUCCUCGAUCUCGCAGACCGCCUGGGCCCCUACAUCGCCGUCCUCAAAACCCACAUCGACAUCCUCGAAGAUCUCACCCCCUCCACGCUCUCAAGCCUCCAAUCCCUCGCAACAAAGCACAACUUCCUGAUCUUCGAAGACCGCAAAUUCAUCGACAUCGGAAACACAGUCCAGAAGCAAUACCACGGCGGCGCCCUGCGCAUCAGCGAAUGGGCACACAUCAUCAACUGCGCAAUCCUACCAGGCGAAGGGAUCGUCGAGGCCCUCGCCCAGACUACGCAGAGCCCCGGUUUCGAAAACGCAAGUGAGCGCGGCCUGCUUAUCCUCGCUGAGAUGACGAGCAAGGGCUCUCUGGCUACGGGGACGUACACGGAGCGGUCGGUUGAGUAUGCGCGCCGGUAUAAGGGGUUUGUGAUGGGGUUUGUGAGCACGAAGGCGCUUUCGGAUGUUCAGGCUGAGGGGCAGGAGGAUGGGGAGGACUUUGUGGUUUUUACGACUGGUGUGAAUUUGUCGGAUAAGGGUGAUAAGUUGGGGCAGCAGUAUCAGACGCCUGAGUCGGCUGUUGGGCGCGGGGCGGACUUUAUUAUUGCGGGGCGUGGGAUAUAUAAGGCUGAAGAUCCGGUGGAGGCUGCUAAGAGGUAUCGGGAGGAGGGAUGGAAUGCGUAUCUGAAGAGGAUUGGGGCUCAAUGA